UCUACGCAGCCCUCAACGAAAAUAUCCACAUUCUACGCCGCCGCCGGCGACUCCUAACCCUCUGCACCAAUCCGCCUUGCUCACUUCCUCUGCGCCAAUCCGGGUCGCUGGCCGCCGGCCAUGGAAAUGGAGCCGGGCGGUCCUAGUUCGAAGAAAGUUAAGUCAGCGGCCGUCAACAGCCGCCAAGAGGCACAGGCGCCGCCGACGCCGGCGUCGCCGGCAACUGAAGCCCCCUGUCUGGACCCUGCAGAGACGCCGCCCGCAGCUGAUGAAGAUGAUGGACGCGUCGACCGCAUCAGCAACCUCCCCGACCCCAUCCUCGGUGAGAUCGUCUCCCUCCUCCGCACCAAGGACGGCGCCCGCACCCAGAUCCUCGCGUCCCGGUGGCGCCACAUCUGGCGCACCGCGCCUCUCAACCUCGACUGCCGUCGUCUCCCCGACGAGGAGCACGGGCUCACCGGCGUGGUGUCGCGAAUCAUUUCCGCCCACCCGGGGCCCGGCCGCCGGCUCCGCAUCCCCGCGUAUUACCUCCAGGACCGGGCAGCAACCGUGGACGCCUGGCUCCGGUCCCCCGCCCUCGACCAGCUUCAGGAGCUUGAGUUCUGCCAUGUCUCGAACUAUCGGCCACGACUGCUUCGGCCGUUGGCACCGCCACCUGCCUCCACAUUCCGUUUUUCACCGACCCUCCGUGUUGUCACCAUCGGGAGAUGCCUCCUCCCGGACAGCACCGUCCAAGGGCUUCACCUCCCCCAACUUAAGCAGCUGGCGCUUGAACGGGUGAGCAUCUCUGAGGGCACGCUCUGUGGCCUGAUUGCCAGGUGCCCCGCCUUGGAGUGCUUGCUGAUAUACUACAGCUUUGGUUUCCAAUGCGCUCGGAUCAACUCCCUUAGCCUUAUAAGCAUAGGUGUGCGUCUGCGGCAUCGUUAUCUUUCUGAUCAUGAGACAGAUGAGCCGCAGUUCAGAGAACUCAUCAUCGAGAAUGCCCCUUCCCUUGAGAGGUUGCUCCGUGUCGAUAUACUUGAUGGCCUGCAUGUAUCCAUAAUCUCCGCGCCUAAGCUGGAAACCUUAGGUUCCCUUCAUGGUGAGAUGUACCUCAGUUCCUCAAUUCUUCAGUGUUGUCUUUUAUGCUUCAUAAAGCGAUUGCCCAGUGAUAGCCACACGACGGUGGUUGGCGCUGUCAAGGUCUUGUAUGUCAGAAUUACUUGUCUGGAUAUAGGCACGACACUUCAGUUGUUGAGAUGUUUUCCAUGCUUGGAGAAGUUGUACAUUCAGCAGUCGAUAUCAGGGGAUCUGAAUUUGUGGAAGCGUAAACACCGGGACCUAAUCAAGUGUCUUGACCUUCGUCUAAAGACGGUAGUUAUGCAAUUUUAUCGGGGCAUCAGGGCGCAAGUUAACUUUGCCACAUUCUUCAUACUGAACGCGAGAAUGCUGGAGUUGAUGUCAUUCAAAGUUGACACCGAAUAUUACUGCCGGGCCUUUUUAGCAGAACAGCGCAAGGAGCUUCAGUUGGAGAAACGGGCUUCAAGAGGUGCUCGGUUUCACUUUCAAACUGACAGACUUCUCCGCUGUUAUUCGAUGAUCAAUAAUGUCCGUGAUUUGGAUUUAAGUGAUCCGUUCGUAUGUAAGCGUUGAACUUGGGUUUAGGUCUGUUGAGUAGUCUUUCUUGACAAUCUCAGUUUGUGUAUUGUCUGAAUUUCUAUUACUGAAUCUCUGUCAAAUACAGUA